CACGGAUUCAAGCGUCGCGAGCUCCCUGCUCCGGUCAGUAACUACAAAAUGGCUGCAGAGGCUCCGCCGCCGCCGCCGCCGACGAGGUCCCGCUGAACGCUUCACGCUGUGAGAAGAAGCAAAACUCACGAGAAGAGAACCAUUUGAUGGAAGAUAAGAAAAAGAAAAAACAAGAAGAGAAGAAAAAGAAAGAAGCCGCUCAGAAAAAGGCCACAGAACAGAUAACCAAAGUGCCAGACUCUGCCAAGCUCGAUCCCGCCCCUCCUCUUCCCCCCAUCAACCCCAGUGCCGCCCCGUCUGUAGCCCCAAGCAGUGGCAAUGGCAAGCGCGCUCCCUCCGGAGGUCAGCCACAGACAGCACAGCAGCCCCAGACUCUGCUCCAGCAGCGCUACCCACCCAGAGAGGUGCCCCCUCGCUUCCGCCAGCAGGAGCACAAGCAGCUGUUGAAGAGGGGUCAGCCUCUGCCCUCUGGAAGCCUGCUUCUCACCGCCACAAAACGUCCCAGCACUACUGAACCUGCAGCAGCAGCUGUACCCGCACACUCCUCUCCCUCCUGCUCCGCUUCCUCCACAGCCAGCCUGCCUACAGAACUGCCCCCCCAGAGCAGCCAGGGAGCCCAGUAUGAUAAGACCCUCUGGGGACACCUGCCAUCUAAUAGGAGUGCCACAAGUGCUGCCUCUUCCACCAAUCUCAGUGGUUGGGAUCAACUGAGUAUUAACCAGAAGGACACAGAGGCUUGGCCUUCGAUUACCCUCAGCAAGAUCCAGGCCCCUCCUGGAGGAUGCCCUUUGGAUACUGACCCUGGUCGCAUGACCAGCAGCAGCAGCAGCAGCAGCAGCAGCAGCAACAGCGGCAGCAGCAGUACUAGUAGUAGUUGUAGUACAGUUACUAUGGCCACAGGGGCCAACAGCCAGACAGGCCACUUCCCUGCCAACCACCUUAGCAGCAAGGCCAACAGUGGAACCAGUCCUGCCAGUCAUACUGGAACCAGCAUGCUCUCUAACCAGAUUGCAGCCAAUCGCAGCUGGGGUUCUGGACCUGGACCCUCCCAUUGCCCCCCUCAGUCCUCAGUGGGGAAUGAAGGAAAGAGUGACAGUCCAGUGGAGGGAGCAGGCAGCAGGGGCUGGGGCUCAUCAUCUUCCACCACCAACUAUAACUUGAACCUAAACCCUAAUGCCAACCCAUCUGCCUGGCCAAUGCUGGGGCAUGAUGGACCUGGUACAGGGGGAGGCAGCUCAGGGGGAGCCAACACCAUUUCACCUCCUCAACCUACACCAAACCUCUGUAAUCAGCCUGGCCCUCCACCAGCCCAGACCAGCACCUGUACUGGAGCCAACACUAACAGCAACUCCUCUGGGAUUGGCAGCGCCUGGGGAGGUUUAAUGACCUCUGACAUGUCAGAGCCACAACCCUCCCCAUCCACGAAUGUGUCUUUCAGUUCAGAACCUCAGAACCUUAAAACUGAUGGACCAAAUCACACUAAUAAGCAGGAACCGUCAAGCCCUAUACACAGCUUGCCUGGCUGGGGUAAUGCACCUGUAGGGAUGAGUUCAAUGGGCCAACCUCCAAAAGGGGGCCCGCAGGUCAAUGGAGAAGAUAGUAGCUCAGUAUGGGGUAACAGUGGCGACUCUAAGGCACCUUCAUCUAAGGAGGCACCUGGCUGGAACUCUGGCUGGGGCCAUGGGGGAGGUGGAGCAGGGAAUACUGGAGGAUGGGGUGACCAGUCCCGUGGAGACUGGGGGAAGCAGCACACUGAAGAGGCCCAGGGAAGCUGGGAUACCCCCAGCUCUCCUCCGCAGGAGACAAAGGCUAGUCCUUGGGGCAGAGCUGUGAGCACAGCUGUUGCCAGUGAAGGGAGCAGUGACAGCAUGGAAGGACAUCCCCCAUGCAGAGACUCAUCCAGAGAUAAUCCAGCUCCUCUGCCCCCUGCACAGGAUCUGGACCCCAGGGUGUUGUGUAACACUGGGUGGGGACAGACCCCUGUUCGCCAGCACACCUCGUGGGAUAUGGUUGAGAGUAAACGCAAGAAAGAUGCAGCCACUGAAUCGCGGGGCUCUGGCCCAACCACUCCAAACAAUUCCCAGGGGCCCUCCAACACUAGCAUGGCCCCCACUCAGAGGAGUGACCCUGGGAGCAAAAAUGAUGUGCCUGGUUCUCAGGGAGCUUCAGGUUGGGGUGGAAGCAUAGCAGCUACCAACAAGCCCAACUCUGGUUGGGGAGAGCCACCUAACAACAUUAAGCCCCCAGCUGCCCCCAGUGGCUGGGGGAACUCUCCAGCAGGAGGCCCCACCACCAGUGUACCUAAGAAUGGUGGUCAGUCAUGGAGAGAGGAGAAGUCAAGUGGGUGGGACGAUGCUCACAUCAAGGCAACAUCCCAAGGCUGGGGAGAGCAACAAAAAGCAUCCCACGGCUGGGGCAAUAGUGGAGGCAGCAAUAACACUGGUGACUGGGGAGAACCAGAAGAGAGCAAAAAAACUCCCACCAACCCUGCCUGGGAGGGCGAGGCAGCAGGCUGGAAGGAAAAGCCACGAGGCUGGGGUAUGCCAGCUUCAGGAUCAGGGAUAUCUGGAGCUGGAGGAAAUGGUGGCUGGGGAGAACCAGUUUCCCAGCGUCCCAGUGGCCCUCCUCAAGGAUGGGCUGGCAAGCCUCAGGAUGGGCCCAGUGGUAAUAGUGGAGGAGGGGGCGUAGGCUCUUGGGGUGGCUCAAACUCCGUGAAGCAAGCUGCAGGUCGGAGUGGCAAUAAGCAGGAAUCCUCAGCUGAUCCUACAGGCUGGGAAGAGCCCUCCCCACCUUCAAUCCGACGUAAAAUGGAGAUAGAUGAUGGGACCUCAGCUUGGGGUGACCCUGGUGUCUACAACAAGGCUGUCAACUUGUGGGACAAGAAUAAUCCAGGAAAUUCCCAGGCUAAAGUUCCCACUGGAGGCAAUAAUCCACCAGUUCCAAACAGCAACCAUCACCACUCUCACAAUCCCCCAUAUCACGGGCCACCUGCACCUUUACAGAAUCACAGUCAAAACUCUCAAAACCCAGGGCCCACCAGUGGGCCAAUGGAUCCUGUUGUGCCACACCAGCCUGGGCCAACUCAUAUCAGGGCUCCCCUGAUAACUCAAGGCUGGGGAGAAAUACCAAGCUCCCACACAAAGUCGGAGAGCACUUGGGGGGAACCUGCACCUCCUCCGGUCAGCAUGGACAAUGGGACGUCUGCCUGGAACAAACAAGCUGGUAGCUGUGGAGGCUGGAGUGAUGGGAACCAGGACAGCUAUGGCAGGGGCAACCCAGCAAUGACAUCUGCAUCUUGCAAACCUGCCCCCAAACCUAUGCAAGACGGAUGGGGAGGUGGAGGUGGAGGUGAGGAGCUGAGCCUGUCAGGGGGUCAGUGGGAUGCUGAGGAGGGAGACAUGUGGAAUAGUGCUCCCACCCAGGAGAGCAACUCCUCCUGCAACUCUUGGGGCAAUACAUCCAAAAAGGUCCCACAGAAGGUGAAGGUCCCAGGAAAGCAAGAAGAGGCCUGGAUCAUGAAUCGUCUCAUCAAACAGUUGACAGACAUGGGCUUCCCUAGGGAUCCAGCAGAGGAGGCUCUGAAGAGCAACAACUUGAACCUGGACCAGGCCAUGAGUGCCCUGCUGGAGAAGAAGACGGAGCUGGACAAGCGGGGGAUGGGGAUGGCCAGCCACGACUACAACAACGGGCUCAUCAACAAGCCCAUGAGCUGCCCUCGGCCCCCGCUUCUUUCCAAAGACCCCUCCGCAGACCCCCGCUUGCCCUUCAUGGAUAAGCAGAUGCAGAGUGGAAUGUUUGGCGGCGGUGGAGCAGCACAAGCCCGGACCAUGCAGCAGCCUCCUCAGCCGCCAGUGCCGCCUCUCAGCUCCCCUCAGCCUAGUGUACGUGCUCAAGUGCCUCAGUUUCUCUCCCCUCAGGUUCAAGCACAGCUCUUACAGUUUGCAGCAAAAAACAUUGGUCUCAAUCCUGCACUUUUAACCUCACCAAUAAACCCUCAACAUAUGACCCUUCUGAAUCAACUUUACCAGCUGCAACUGGCAUACCAGCGUUUACAAAUUCAGCAGCAGAUGUUGCAGGCGCAGCGCAAUGUUUCUGGUCCCAUUCGACAACAAGAGCAGCAAGUUGCACGUACAAUCAAUAACAUGCAGCAGCAGAUCCAACAGCACCAGCGUCAGCUGGCCCAGGCCCUGCUGAUGAAGCAUCAGCAACAGCAGCCGCCUCCCUCCCACACGGGCCUGCAUCCUGGUGGGACCAAAUCCCCCCUGGAUUCAUUUCCAGGUCACCCCCACGCUCCAGGCCUCCCUGACCUGCAGACCAAAGAGCUGCACUCAUCUCCUAACACCUACAGCCCCUACUCUCUCUCCGGACUGAAUCCAAACAUGAAUGUAAACUGCAUGGAGGUGGGAAGUCUGGCUAUGAAGGAACCCCACCAACCCCAAUCGCGCCUGUCGCAGUGGACGCACCCGAACUCCAUCGAAAGCCUUUCUGGUAACUCCUCUCCUCUAGAGCCCAGCCUGGGCAAGCAUGGUGCCAACUUGGGUCCCCCUGGUAAACCCCCACAGCUGGAGGAAUCUUACAGUCCCUACAACCUCAUGUCCAGCUCAGACUCUCCUACCAGCCCCCUGGUCCCCGCAGACAAUUGGGGACAGGGCAAAAGUAACAAUGACAAGAUGGCCAAUGGGACCAAUAUCAACUGGCCGCCAGAGUUCUGCCCCGGUGUUCCCUGGAAGGGUCUACAGAAUAUCGACCCUGAGAAUGACCCCAACAUGACCCCUGGCAGUGUCCCUAGUGGGCCCACCAUCAACACCAAUAUCCAAGAUGUCAACCGCUACCUGUUACGGGACAGGAGUGGAGGCUCCUCUCCCACUUCAUCUCAGAUCGAGGCUCUGCCUCCCUCCACUGAUUGGCCAGUCAGUGCCUACACUAGCUCGUUCAGUCUGUCGUCCCCGGAGAUGGACGAUGAAGGUAAACUGUCAGAGAUGAAAUCUACCUGGUCUUCUGGCCCUGUCUCUCAUAGCCAGGCCUCCCUGUCCCACGAGCUGUGGAAGGUCCCUCAGGGGCCCCGGAGCAGCAAUAUAGCCCCUUCACGCCCCCCACCUGGCCUCACCCACAGCAAGCCUUCCUCAACGUGGGGGGGCAACUCCCUGGGUCUGGCCCAAGGCUGGAGCAGCUCUUACACCUCAGCAGGUACCACGUGGAGUACAGACAGCUCCAACAGGACCAGUAGCUGGCUGGUUUUGAGGAACCUCACUCCACAGAUUGAUGGUUCGACACUGCGUACACUGUGCAUGCAGCACGGCCCCCUCAUCACAUUCCACCUCAACCUAACACAGGGCAACGCUGUGGUGCGCUACAGCUCCAAGGAUGAGGCUGCCAAGGCUCAGAAGUCCCUGCACAUGUGCGUGCUCGGGAACACCACCAUCCUGGCAGAGUUUGCUGGGGAGGAGGAAGUGAACCGCUUCUUUGCACAGGGCCAGUCGCUCGGCGUAACAACCAGCUGGCAGGCCACUCCAGGCUCCCAUCAGACAAGGAUGGGUGGGACCGGGUCCGGAGCCCCUCAUCCUAUCGGUCACUCGCCCCACUGGAACAACAACAACAACGGCAGCGGUGGCCUUGGAGGCGGAGCAAAGACAGGCGGGGAGUUGCUUUGGGGUGGCGUGCAACAGUAUUCCAACCUGUGGGGAUCCCCAAGUGGAGAGGAUGGACGGAUCAUGGGGAGUCCCACACCAAUCAAUACGCUGCUGCCUGGGGACCUGCUGAGUGGAGAGUCCAUGUAGGACGGAAGAUCCC